GGUGGUAUGACCAUUAUCAUAUUGCUUGAUGAUAUUAUCUGAUAGUGCAGUUGGCAUUGAAGAAGAAGAAUAUUAUUUGCUGAGAGAUGUUCGCAAAUUUUACGUUUAACAAUUUUUUCUAUUAACUCUGCCAAAUCGGGAAUUUGCGCAGAUAAAAGAUGUAUGUGACUGUUUCAACUUAAGGUAACAGUUUGAUCAAAGAAACGUUCCAAGAAUCGAAAAAGCAACCAAUCUCCAGGCAGCAGUUUAUCAAACGGUAGCAAGCGGGUCCCGGCCCAGUGCCGAUGUUGCCUUGAACCCGCCUGCACGGCGAUAUCAGGCAACCCCGUCACUCUAUGCGGUGGUAGUUCUGAGUACGGCCGCACGAGACCGGAGAUUGGACAAUUGGCCUGCUGCCGUCCUUCGUCUCCUUGAGACAAUUCCAAGUGAAGUGUCGUUCGCAUCGCCAUUGCAAAGCACCAGCAGACCCUGCUCUGCUUUCCACACGGACAGUCUUUGAGCUUUUCGCGGAUGUCACGCGGUCCCCGUCGUGUUGAUAACCAUUCUUCUGCAGCCGCGCUCGCGAGUGACCCACAACUGCACUUCAAGACUGUAUUUAAGCUAUCAGGAUGGAAUUGAUGCUAUUAUUCGCCAUUGUUGCCGGUUGCAUAAUUGGGUCAUCCAGCUUAGAAAUAUUGAACCAGUGGAACCUCAUCACGUUCGAUUUUCCACCAGGUUAUUCAGCCAAUUAUAGGCCAGAAAACAACGUGUUCACAGGCGUAGAGGUGUCCGAAGAUCGCAUCUUCCUGUCUACGCCGCGACUAAGGGCAGGCGUGGGCGCGACGUUGGCCGUCAUUCCCAGGAACACUCCUAAGGGUUCCAGCCCUACGCUGACGGCCUACCCCGAUUGGUCCUUCCACGACGCCGCUACCGGAAAUUUCACCUGCAACGGACUCACUUCCGUUUACAGGACCAAGAUAGAUUCGUGCAAUAGACUAUGGGUAUUGGAUGCAGGUACCGAAACUUCGAUCGACAAUUACAUGCGUCCAUGUGAUCCGAAGAUCCUGAUUUUUGAUUUGAGGAACGAUCAGCUUGUCAGAACCAUCGUCCUGCCUCAAGACGUUGUGAGACCAGCCUCAAUUUUCACGAACAUUGUCCUCGAUGAGAGCAUCCAAGGCAACUGCGACGCUUCUUUCGUUUACAUGACCGAUACCAUUGCCUAUGGCUUGGUGGUGUACGAUGGCUUGAACGAUCGCGCAUGGAGAUUCCAAGACCCGACGAUGUUUCCGAAUCCCGACAAUUCCCAGUUUGAAAUUGUCGGCGAACGAUUCUCGUUCAUGGACGGGAUUAUAGGCUUAACGCACUCCCCGCAACUGGCUACAGUUUUCUACCAGCCACUUGCCUCUGACAGGAUAUUCAGCGUUCCAACAUCCGUUUUGACAGCAGGACCUCCCGGAGAAUUCGACCAAUUGCCGGUGUCUUUGGCUGGAAGGAAAUCUUCCCAGGGUUUGGGUCUCUCGAUGAACCUGAACGACAACACUAUGUACUUCAGUCCCUUCAGCGAAACAUCUAUCGCUGCCUGGAAUGCUGCCACUAACCAACAAGAAUUGCUGGCCAGCGACCCAGUGAACCUCCAAUUCGUGGCCGAUCUGCGUUGGAAACGCGAGAACGCCCUGUAUGCGUUGAGCACCCGCUUCCACCGAUUCUACAUGCGUGCGAUUAACCCUGCGGAGAUCAACUUGCGACUGAUCAGGAUACCGCUGAACAGCCAGCAAGAGCUUCUUCAAUCACAAGUGACGAACAGCAACGGCAACAGCAUCGCACCCUGGCAACAGAUUCCUGCGACGGUUGUUAACCCGCUGCAACAGUACAGGGAAUUCUACUAUAAAUGAGGCUAACCUAGAAAUACUUGCCAUCAUCCCAUAAUGUCAAGAAGCUUCUCCUGUUCGUAUCACAUCCAGCGUUGCAGACUGGGCCAAUUAUCAAUCAACUCAAAUACCGUUUUGUAAUUUGCAGACGUAUAAAAACGGUGAUCCAGAUAUACUCAUAUUUAGAAAUAGUUAUUACUACUGAAUUAUUAUCGAUCAAAUAGGCAUGUUUUGAAUAAAUUAAUCUUUUAACAAUACCACGAAAAUGAUGACAAUUUACCGAUGAUAAAUAGUAAAUUAUUGAAACUCAGCCAGUAUUGCCUUAUAUUGUUUUCUGUUUAACUAUUUUAAUAUUAUUAGUACUUUUGAAUAAUCGAUUUUUAUUUAUAUCUAUACUUGCUCAAACAUAUAUUUACCAUUUUGUAAAUAAUUAGAGAAAAUUAUGUAUCAAGGUUUGAGAAAAAGGCAUUCCAUAUGUACAGUUUCCAUAAGUAUAAAUAGGUAUAGUUUGUAAGCAAUCUAAAUAAACAAUUACAAAAAUCGAAGUUUCGAGUUCAUUCCUUAAAAUCGUUAUUAAGCAAGAACGAUCACAAUGUAUAAAUGAAAAAGGUUCAAAGGUGGACAGGUUGUUAGGUUAUUUUGCCCUCGUCCCCUCACUAUUACUAUGUUAUAAAAAGGAGGAAUUUAUCAUAAAGCAGGCACGCUGAGAAAUCAUUAUCAAAUAACAUCACAGAUACUAUUGUCUAUACUCCGGUACAACGAGCAGAUAUCACCCUGUUCAUACCACAUCCACAUCUAAGUGUACAGCCAACUAAAUGACGCCAUCUUAGUGCGCGUGUGCAUACAAAUUAUCCUUUCAACAUUUGAUGCUCCCACUCUUCCGCUCUUCAAUUUUCAAAACCGAGUGGAGCUCAGACGAGGUCCCCUCAUCUUCAAUUAUCAAUGACUGGUGAGUUUUCGCUUUUAGGUAUGAUGUCUUCCGAAACCUACCGAAAAAUUUCACACAAACCUAUCGAAAACACAUCGACUAUGCCUGGCAACACAGGCGCGUUCGACUAGAUGAGACAAUACUUACCCGUUAUUAUAGAUAUUUAGUAUUUUAGCAACAAAGUUUGGUCAAAUCAAUCGCAAACUAUGUACUAAAUUCCUAUUUAAAAUAAGUACGAGAU